GCGAGGCGCACGUGAUCCACCGUGACGCAGCGUCACGCAGGGUGUUCAGCAGUAGAGGGCGGUGUAGCGAGGGACCUCGCAGUCCCUCAAGCGCUGUUUAUUUCAGGAAACGGGACAGUCAGUACAAUACAACCACUUUCCUCAGGUGGCACACGAACCGAAGGCGAAGGAAAGCAUGCUGUCGGUUGUGUGAGCAGGACGCGAAGAUGGUGUUUGAGUCGGUGGUGGUCGAUGUCUUGAACCGGUUUCUGGGGGACUAUGUGGUGAACCUCGACAGCUCGCAGCUCAGCCUCGGCAUUUGGGGAGGUGAUGCCAUAUUAAGAAACCUUGAGAUAAAAGAAAAUGCCUUGAGUCAACUGGACAUCCCUUUCAAAGUCCGAGCGGGACACAUAGGACGUUUGGAGUUGAAGAUCCCUUGGAAGAACCUGUAUACUCAGUCUGUGGAGGCCACGCUGGAUGAAGUUUUCCUGCUCAUCGUGCCCACUGCUAGUAUAAAGUAUGACGCAGAGAAGGAGGAGAGACAGCUGCAGGAAGCUCAGCAGAAGGAGCUGCAGCGGAUCGAGGAGACCAAGCAGAAAGCAGCAGAAAAAGAGAAUCCAAAGGCAGAGAAGCAGGACACAUUUGUGGAGAAACUGGUUACACAGGUGAUCAAAAACCUGCAGGUGAAGAUCUCCAACAUACACGUCCGCUAUGAGGAUGAUGUCACCAAUCCCGAUGCUCCGCUCUCCUUCGGAGUGUCCCUGCAGAACCUCAGCCUCCAGACAGCUGAUGAGAAUUGGAAGCCAUGUCUUCUGGAUGAGACAGCCAAGCUGUUUUUCAAGCUUGUACGUCUGGACAAUCUGUUUGCGUACUGGAAUGUGAAUUCAGAGCUCUACUCCAACCACAACCCCGAGGAGGCUCUGCGAUACUUGAAGCACAGUGUAGCCAUCCAGAGCGCUAUCCCUCAAGAUUAUCAUUUCAUCUUUCGUCCAAUAUCUGCAAACGCCAAGCUGCGCAUGAAUCCUCGCUCCGAUGUGGACUUCUCCUCACCAAAAGUGGAUCUAGUGGUCAACCUCCCGGAGGUGGCGGUUGAACUCAGCCAUCCACAGUACAUCAGCAUCCUGGAGCUGUUGGGGUCGGUGGAUAUGAUGACCCGUAACCUCCCAUACAGGAAAUAUCGUCCAGAUGUGGCAGUUCACACUAAUGCGCGUCAGUGGUGGCGAUAUGUGAUCACGGGCGUUUUGGAGGUCAGUGUAAAGCCCCGCCUUCACAUGUGGUCAUGGCAACGCAUCCGUCACCAUCGGCAACAUGUGAAAAAGUACAGAGAGCUCUAUAAGAACAAAAUCACCAGUAAGAAGCCUGCAGAGAGUCUGCUGAAGGAGCUUGAGGAGACUGAAAGAACCCUGGAUAUAUUCAACAUCACAAUGGCGAGACAGCAGGCUGAGAUGGAGGCUUCAAAGGCGGGGUUCAGGAUAUACCGUCCUGGGGUGAAGGUGGAGGAGGAACAGUCACAGGGCUGGUUCGGCUGGAUGUGGGGCUGGUCUGGAGAAAGUGACACACCAACCAAAGAUGUAAAAACGGGAGGUUUUGAUGAGCUAAUGACUCCAGCGGAGAAAGCCAAACUAUACGCUGCCAUUGGAUACAGCGAGACAGGCGUCAAUCCUAACCUGCCAAAAAAUUUUGAAAAUAUGAAGAUACACUUCCAGCUUAAUCGCCUUUGUCUGUCAAUCAAAGAGAGCCGAGAGAAGCCGGAGAUUAUCAAACUGUCCGUCAUUGAUCUGAAAGCCAUGCUGACUCAGAGACCUGCGGCCCAAGCUAUAAAGAUCUCUGCUCAGCUGUCAUCGUUUGAAGUGUCGGGUCUCCCACGAGGCAAGUCGGCCCCCAUCCUGCUGUCUCCACGUCACGUGGUCGGGAUGAAAGAUUUGGCUUUACUGGACCUCAUGUUUGAGACGAACCCACUGGAUGCGAAAGCAGACCAGAGACUCCGCAUCGAGUCCCAGGCGCUGGAGAUCAUCUAUGACGCUAUGACCGUGAACAGUAUGUCAGCUUUCUUCAUGCCUCCAAAGGACCUGCAGCUGGAUGAACUGACCAACGCCACCCUCAUGAAGCUGGAGCAGUUCAGAGACAAGACCUCCACAGGACUUAUGUAUGUCAUUGAGACUCAGAAGGUUCUGGAUCUGAAGAUAAACCUCAUGGCUUCAUAUGUCAUUGUACCAGAAAACGGCUUUUAUGACCCCAAACACAACCUUGCCAUUCUGGAUUUGGGUCAUUUCCAGAUGUCCAGUCAGAGCAGAGCUGACCUGCCUCAGCUGUCCGCGGGCAGCAGCACUAUAGAGGACAUCAUGUCUCGAGCUUACGACAGCUUCGAUGUCCAGCUCAGCAGUUUACAGUUCCUCUACACCAAAGCAGGUGGUGACUGGAAGCAGGCUCGUCUGCUCAGACAGUCUACGUUUCACAUCCUGGAGCCUGUGGACCUGAAGGUGGUCUUCAGCAGAGCCAUGGUGGUGACAGACUCACGGAUGCCCAAGUUUAAGAUUUACGGUGAGCUCCCUCUUCUGUCUCUGCGUAUCUCUGAUGAUAAAGUGCGUGGCGUCCUGGCGUUGCUCAGCAGCAUUCCCCUUCCUGAGAGUCGCCCGGUGCCCCAGACUAGAGCGCCACAAGUCACACCCAAGACCUCCAAACGUGGGAACACACCUCAGCUCAUCCCUCGAAGACCAGCCGUAGACGACCUGCGUGCAUCCAUCAUAUACGGCCCAGACGAGGAGCUGUUCUUUGAUGCCCCUAGUUCACCGAUCGAGGAUCUGCCGUUCUUUGAGGCUUCCACUGACUCUCUGCAGGGUUCAGCCUCUGAUAAACGUCUGUCCAUGGUGCUCAGAGACCCCAAGAAGAACAUGACCGAGCUCCUCUUGAGAUUUGAGAUCAACAAGCUUUCUAUUCAGCUGUGCCGCUUGUCAGACAGCGAGGAGGUGAGCGUUCUGCAUCUGUUCAUUGAUGGAUUAGGGACAGAACUCAAACUUCGCACCUUUGACAUGUCUUCGUACACCUUCCUGCGUGAGAUCUGCCUCGAGUGUUCAGAGUACUUGGAUUCUGAGGACAAGAAAGUUCACCUUAUCACCACUCUGGACAAUUCUGAGGAAGAUCUGCUCACUUUGGAAUAUGUCAAGGCAGACAAAAAUGCACCGGAUUUCAAAACGAUGCAUAAAAAUACAGAGCAACUAAUCAAGGUGAAUUUCUCCUCACUAGACGUUCAUCUGCACACUGAGGCGCUCCUCAACUCCAUAAAUUUCCUCAAUAACCUCCUCCCACCACUAAAGAAAGAGGCACAAGAGGAGCAGCCCGUCCUACCCAAGGAGGAAGAAGAGGAGGAAGAGGAGGCAAAAAUAGAGGAUUCUUCUGUAACCAAGAAAUCUUCCUGUAAGAAGUCAAAGUUUGAGGAUGUGGUGAAUUUGCAUAUCCGAGCAGACCUCAGCUGUCUGAAGGUCUUCAUAAGAGGAGAGAAAGCCAGGAUCUCUGAGAUCAGCAUCGAGGGGCUGGUUUCUGAAGUACAGAUGAAGAAGAAGUGCGUAGAGAUUCUCGCUAACCUGAAGAACAUUGUAAUUCUGGAUUGUGACAAAGAGGCACUAUAUAAAAAGGCAGUGUCCAUCGCGGGUAAGGAGGUGUUUGAUUUCCGCAUGGUGAACCAUGUGGAUGCAACGGAGGGUGAUGCCUACACAGACAUGCAUAUUGUGGACACCAGUGUAACUUUGACUGUGGGCUGCAUUCAGGUUGUUUUCCUCAACAAGUUUAUGUCCUCAAUACUGGCAUUUAUAAAUAAUUUCCAGGAGGCUAAAAAUGCAUUGGCAGAGGUUACGGCCCAGGCAGCAGAGAAAGCAGCCACUGGGGUUUUGGAGCUGGCAGAGAGAAGCACACGUAUCUCCCUGGACGUAGACAUUAAAGCUCCUGUUGUCUUCCUCCCACAAUCCUCUGUUUCCCACAAUGUCAUUGUGGCAGAUUUGGGUUUAGUGACCAUAAAGAACCACUUUGAAAUUGUCUCCUCUCCACCACACACCAAGAUCCCCCCGGUCGUGGACAUCAUGGCCGUGGGACUGAGGGACCUUAAAAUGUACAGGACCACAUUCACUGAUGGACAGUUUAAGAGUGAACUUCAGUUACUCAAACCAGUCAACAUGGACCUGUCAAUCAAACGCAAUCUCUCUGCCUCCUGGUAUCGCAGCAUACCUGACAUCCAGAUCAAUGCACACCUCAAACCCAUGAGCCUAAUCCUGAGUCAGGAGGACCUUACAAUAGUGCUGAAGACUCUGAGUGAGAAUCUGUCUGAGAAUUCUGAUGCUCCUCCAGCUCCAUCCAGCUCUGAUAAAGGAGACACAGUUUCUACCAAGGAUUCUCAGAGUUCUGGAGGAAACACAGUUGUGACCGCAGCAGUGGUGGAAGGCCAGAAAACAGGCAAACUAAAGAACACUCUGAAACUGGACUUUAAGUUUGACUCCAUGACAAUAGUCCUGUACAGCCAUAACAAUGAGGUGACAAAAUACACUCAAUUCACCUUAGACAAGAGUGUAAUGAUUGCAUGUGAAGCCAGGUUUAAAUUUUGUGUUUACGUACAGAUCCAGUUAUCAGACUCCCGUGAUGAGAGUUUGAAGUUGGCAGAGUUCAUGUUGGGCACCAUCUCCACCGCUGUGCACAUGUUCUCUGACAGCUCAAUGAAAGCCUCGCUCAAACUCACAAACUGUCUGCUGGAUGACAAGAGACAGAGGGUGAAAAUGAUCACAUCCAGGAUGAUGGCGAUGCGUCAGGGCAGGGAAAGUGAUGUGAUGGUGGACGUGAGUUAUAGACAAGGCCGGGACGGCACCGUGCUGGACACCCUGGUUCAGGACCUCUAUCUGUGUGCCAGUAUGGAGUUCCUGCUCACAGUAGCUGAUGUCUUUCUUAAAGCUUUGGCAGAUGGCUUCUCUGGUCCCCCUAAAAACAAACAACUCGCCAGUUCCUCUAAAGACACUGUUCCUGCUGCACCAGUGGUUGCCAAAACUGAGAUGAACAUUGUGGUAAAGAAUCCUGAGAUCGUUUUUGUUGCUGACCUCACACGCGCUGAAGCUCCGGCUCUUGUUAUGACGACGCAGUGUGAGCUGGUGAUGAAGAACGAGCCCAGUGGUCAGUCGAUGACUGCAGCCAUUUCAGACCUGAAGGUGGUGUCAUGUCCGCUCCUGCGAGAGAAGCGGGAGCACAAUGUGACGACUGUGCUUCAACCCUGUCAGGUGUUCUUCCAGAGCAGCCAGUCUCCUUCCCAGCCACAGUCCAUCGAGCUGUCCAUCAGCUCCCUCACGCUCAAGGUGUCUCCCAUCAUCAUAAACACAGUUAUCACCAUUCAGUCAGCGCUGAGCCCUGCAGCUGAGACCCCUGAGGAACUGGAGAGUCCUGUGCCACAGGAUCUGUGGGAACGUCGCAACCUGCGAGACCUAAAGCUCUGGUUCCUGGAGGAGGAAGAAGAGAAUGUCACCCGGUCUGUCAUUCGACUCGUUCCUCAUGGAGAGUCUCUCAAAAUGAACAUCCACUCCAUCUGUCUGACGCUGGAGGCCGGCGUGGGCCAUCGCACUGUGCCCAUGCUGCUGGCCAAAGCCUCGUUCCAGGGAGACGUGAAAAACUGGAGUACUCUCAUUAACCUGCACUGUCACCUGGACCUCGAGGUAAAUUAUUAUAAUGAGAUGAUGGGCGUAUGGGAACCACUGCUGGAGCCGCUUGAUGAUGAGGAGAAAGAUGGCUUCAGACCAUGGACUCUAGCGAUGAAGAUGAAGAAGAAGCCAGUAUCAUAUUCUGAAGUAUCUGACGAGGUGGACGGCAGUGUGCCUGAUUAUAAAACAGUCAUCAGCUUCACGAGUAAAGACCAGCUUAACAUCACCCUCUCCAAGUGUGGCCUCCACAUGCUGAGCAAUCUAGGAACGGCAUUUGCAGAGGCCACUAAGCAGACCGCUGAAUGCUUUCAGAAGGACCAGGCACCGUUUGUGGUGAAGAAUCGUUUGGGUUUGCCAUUGGCAGUAAUGCACAGCGAAGUGUUUAGACCCAUCGGUAAAGAGUCUAAAAAUCGUGUGGUGGAGCUCCAGGAUGGAGAGAAUCUGAAUUUGGACUACACCCACACUUCGGAAUCCAGUGACCAAUUCUCAGCCAUGACCAGCCUCAGUGCCAAAAACUACAUACAGCCCACUCCAGUUGGCCACACUAGCGCAAGUGUAAUCCCACUAAUCAAAACAGGACGGGACAUGCACAGCGUCAUGCACCGUGACUCUGGUGUCACCCGCUUCUUUGUCUGUCAGAUUUACACUGUCGAGGGAGGCAAAUAUGUCAAGAUCCGCUCUCCUUUCCAGAUCAUCAAUCACUUUUCGGUGGCGUUCCGUGUUUAUGAGGGAUCUGAGUGUCUGGGCGUCUCUCUGCCUUCAGAGGAGUUCUGUGUGCCUCUGGGCUCCUACAGAGCUGAACUGAGCCUGCAGCCUGUAACCGAAGACGAGGAGCAGUACGACCGCUCCGAGUGUUUCACUUACACUGAGGUGAAUCAGAAGCCCGGAGAGUGUCUGGAGAAAACCUGCCAUCAUCAGGGAGACAGCACCCAGAUGCUGAAGGUCAACAUGGUUCCUGUCCCAGACGCUCUGAUGACACACAGCCCUGAGGAGGAGUAUGACAAGCCCAUCAUUCUGCACCUGUGGCCCACCGUUCUCCUCCGCAACCUCCUGCCGUACCCCAUCACCUUCAAGAUAAAGGGCAAUGGAGAUUUCCCCUCUUCCUUACUGAAAGCGGGCCACUCCACCCAGAUCCACACCGCUAUCAUGGAUUUCUCCACUCUGGAGCUGAAGCUGCUGGGAUACCUGCAGCAGGACUGGGAGUCCAAGUACAGUCUGUGCAGCGAUGGUGACGAGCUCAGCUUCAUCACCUUCCACUCGCUGGCAGUGGACGAGGAGACGGAGAUGGAGACCGAGACGGAGCUCCACAUCGCGGUGCAUGUUAAGAAGGAGGAGGGUCAGCUGGUGGUGGCCAUCCACUCCCCGUACUGGAUGGUGAAUAAGACGGGCAGACUGCUGCAGUACAAGGCAGACGAUAUUCAUCGCAAACACCUGAAGGAUUACGACAUGCCCCUCCUCUUCUCUUUCAAGCCACGCAACUUUCUGCAGAACAACAAGAUUCGCCUGAUGAUCUCAGAAAGUGAAUUAUCAGAAGAUUUCUCCAUCGACACUGUUGGGAGUUACGGUGACGUCAAAUGCAAAGGGGAACAGAAGGAUUACAUGGUGGGAGUGAAGAUCGACACCACCAGCUUCAGUUUGACUCGGUUGGUGACGUUCCUGCCCUUCUACACGCUGUUGAACAGAACCAAGCACGUAAUCCGAGUCUGUGAGGAAGGUCUGGAUCAGUGGACCGAGGCCCGACCCGGACAGGUUGCGGUUCCAUUCUGGCCAGAAAGAGACUCAAGGAAACUCCGAGUCAUAGUGGAGGGCUGCCAAUCGUCGCCACAGCCGUUUGAUUUCCACCAGACGGAGAACUGCCUCCUGCUGCACCUGGACAGAACCCUGGGUGGUAUUAUUGUGGAUGUGAAUCUGACGGAACAUUCUUCCGUCAUCCGGUUCUCUGAUUACCACGACGGCGCCGCUCCAUUCCUCCUCAUCAACCACACUAAAGACGAGACGCUCCAGUUCCACCAGAGCUCUCAGGAAGAAAUGGAUGAGCUGGCUCCAGGUCAGGCGGUGUACUACACCUGGGCCGAACCGACCGGCUCAAGAAUACUGAGCUGGAAGUGGGGCAAGUACAAAGGAGAGCUCAAGAGCGAGAAGGACCAGUUGUUGGAUGUGAACAAGGAGGGAAAAUUCUUUGUCAUCUCUUUUUAUGAAGGCCUCCAACGUGUGGCGCUUUUCACCACCGAGCACGGUGUCUUCAAGAAGAUUUGCGAUAAUGAGAAAAUAGAGCUGGCUGAACAGGAAACCUGCAUUUUGUUACAGAACAUGGGCGUCUCACUGGUCAACAACACCAGCAGCCAGGAAGUGGCCUUCAUUGGCAUCACCAGUUCUGAUGUGGUGUGGGAAACCAAGCCGAAGAAGCGCAGCCGAUGGAAGGUUUUAAGGGUUAAAGAGGCUGCGAUGUUGGAGCAGUGCUACAGAGAAUAUAUGGAGAGCGGGCCAGUGGACAGCAUCAUCAUUGACCUUGAGAACGAAUACCAGGUGUUGUUUGCUGCUAACGGGGUGGACAUGAGGAUACUGCAGCCCUUUGACGCUCCGCUCAGGAGGAACUUCCUGCCAGCAUUAAAGGUGGAGUACAGUGUCUCCACCCGCCAGAAAACCUACAGAGUCCAGAUCAACAGGAUUCAGAUCCAAAAUCAGUUGCCUGGAGCCAUCUUCCCAUUCGUCUUCUACCCCGUCAAACCGCCCAGAUCAGUCAGCAUGGACUCAGAGCCGAAACCGCUCGCUGACGUCAGCAUCAUUACCAGAGCAGCCGGACACUCUGACAUUCUGCGCAUCAAGUAUUUUAAAGUGUUGAUUCAGGAGAUGGACCUGCGGAUAGAUCUUGGGUUCCUGUAUGCCAUACUUGAGCUCCUCACUGCUGAGCACGUCAGUGUGGUCACGUCUGAACAGCAGGUGGUGUUGUUUGAGAAGGACAUUGAGUAUCUGAAGACCGAGCUCUAUCAUAGUUCAGCUACAGACACGUCCCCCAUCAGCCUUUACGAAUACUUCCACAUCUCUCCCAUAAAGCUUCACUUGAGUUUCUCUCUGAGCACCGGUGGUGAAGACGGGAAUAAGAAAGAGCGCGGGUCAGAGGUCAUUCCGGUUCAUUUGCUCAGCGUCCUGCUGAAGAGUAUUGGAGCUACACUCACUGACGCUCAGGACGUCCUCUUCAAACUUGGGUUUUGUGAGCUGAAGUACCAGUUCCGCACCACUCAGCAGCUGCAGUCGGAGGUCAUCGGACAUUAUUCCAAACAGGCUAUCAAGCAGAUGUAUGUUCUGGUUUUGGGUUUGGAUGUCCUCGGGAAUCCUUUCGGACUGAUCCGUGGUCUGUCUGAAGGCGUCGAGGCCUUCUUUUAUGAGCCUUAUCAGGGUGCCAUACAGGGACCAGAGGAGUUUAUGGAGGGCAUGACGCUCGGUGUGAAGGCUCUGGUUGGAGGUGCUGUGGGCGGUCUGGCCGGAGCGGCGUCUCGGAUCACGGGAGCCAUGGCUAAAGGUGUAGCGGUCAUGACCAUGGAUGAGGAGUAUCAGCAGAAGAGGCGCGAGGCCAUGAACAAGCAGCCCAGCGGAGUGAGAGAAGGCCUGACACGAGGAGGGAAGGGACUCAUCUCUGGGUUUGUGAGCGGCAUCACAGGCAUUGUGACUAAACCCAUUAAAGGAGCUCAGAAGGAAGGAGCGGCGGGUUUCUUUAAGGGUGUGGGCAAAGGUUUGGUGGGAGCUCUGACCAGACCAACAGGGGGCAUCAUAGACAUGGCCAGCAGCACCUUCCAAGGCAUCAAAAGAGCUGCAGGGACGUCUCAGGAUGUGGAGAGUUUACGUCCUCCUCGUUUCAUCCAUGAGGAUGGAGUCAUCCGGCCGUACAAAGAGAGGGAGGGCAUUGGCAGCCAGAUGCUGCAGAGUAUUGAAAACGGACGGUUUGCCAAGUACAGAUACUUUGCUCAUGCUAAGGUGAACGAAUCAGAUUUCCUGAUGAUCACUAAAAAGGGGAUAUUUUUUGUGACUAAGGGCACGUUCGGGCAGCUGACGUGCGAGUGGCAGUAUCUGUUUGAUGAGUUUACCAAAGCGCCCAUAGUCAUGGAGGGCAGGAGACUGCGGAUAGAAGCAAAGGAACGAGUCAAAUCAGUGUUUCACGCCAAAGAGUUUGGGAAGAUCAUCAAUUUCAAAACUCCAGAAUUGGCAAAGUGGGUUCUUGCCAAGCUUGAGGACGCCAGGGAAACUCUACCCAAGUAAGGACAGUUAAAGCCACGUGCGAUGAUCCUGUGCUCAUUAUACCCACAAUGCAACAGUCAUUCACUAAACACUGAAUACCACAUUGAUAAUGACUGUUAGACUGUGUGUUUGUGUGUUGAGUUUACAUUAUAUUGUAACUUUCUUUCCCUCUCACUGUCGGAGCUCAACUCAUUUACAUAUGAAGUUUUUACAAUCUGCCUCUACUCAGUUCAGCCACUGGAUACAUGUCUCUCAACUGAAGCCACACUAAAGUGUAAAUUAUGUUAUUUAAUACACAUUAAUAAAGACCAAUACUCUGUAUGUAUUUUGUUUGUCUUUACGUGUGUUGUAAAUGUGUGUUGCGUUUAAAUGGAAAUGACCAGGAAUGUUUGAAAAUGAGAAUCUCUUACUGUAUGGAAAGGAGAGCAGGGAUAUUUUUUUAAUAUGUGGCUUUGCAUGAAAUUAUAUUUUUGUUUCUCAGUGUGGAAGUAAUUCUAUAGCUCAAACCUGAUCCUAUUUAUUGAUCCUGAUGUCACCAAGGUGUCUUGGGAAACUUGUAAAUGUUGUAAACCAAUAAAAAAGCUGUUUAGUCAUAGUUUUAGGCUGUAGCCUUUCAAAAAUCUUGCCAAUAGUUAAUAAAGUCAUUUAAAGG